CGAACAGACCUCGUGUGAAAAGUUUUCCUGCGUUCCAGUUGGCAACAUUCUGUUUGGUGCGCGAAAAAAAUAGAAUUUGCACCCCGUUUUUAGAGAAUCGAUUAAAAAUUAAUUGGAAUAAUGGCAGAAUCCGAAAUAAAAGAACAGAAAGAGGAACCGAAAAAGAUCGUCCAUACGUAUCCGCUAAUAAGGCAUUCCGAUAUGCCCGACGAAAUGAAAACGGAGACUAUGGAAAUGGUUGUGACGGCCUGCGAAAAACAUUCAGCCAGCAAUGAAGCUGCAGCAAGAAUGAUUAAAAACGAAAUGGACAAAAAGCUCGGACCUCCUUUUCACGUUGUAGUAGGCGAGGAUUUCGGAUUCGAGAUAUCCUAUGAAUGCAGCACUCUACUCUAUAUGUUUUUUGCUGGAAACUUGGCCAUAGUCAUAUGGAAGUACUAAUAACUAGGUAACAAAAUAAAAACAAUUUUUGGUGCAUAUUGUGCCUUAAUUUAUUCAAUUUUUUUAAAAUGUCAUGCUAAAUAAUCAAUAACAAUUCUAUUAGUAUCAGUAUAAAAUCAAUAUUACAAUAUAAAGUCAGUCGAGUUACCAUAAUUAAUUAUUAAUAUUUGUAUAUUUUUAAUAUUUUGUAAUACAUAUUUUGAUAUAAAAACAAAUAACUGUGUUAUUUUUUUUAAACUUGCAUUGAAAACAAAUUUUUCAAUGAAGAGAUGGAAAUAGUAAAAUAUUAUUGAAUCAUAACGGAGGGGAUUUUGAAUGAUGAAAUUGUAUUACUAUUUCUUAUUGGGCUCGAAUUAAUGGCCAGAAAUAUUUAGGACAUAAAGAAAGUGAAAAUCUCAAGAGAAUUUUCAUUUAUUUACGCCCAAACACUUGGCACAUCAUACUAACAGAAUUGAAAACCUUACUUGUUCAAACAAGUAAAUGAAAAUAUGUAGUUUCUUUACUUGGAACAAUUCUAAAUAAUAUUUUUAGGUUACAAAGUUAUUCAACUUAUAUUGCGAAAUAAAGGAUUAAGUUAGAUAUUACUGUGAAGUAAAGAAUAAAAGAUAAUAUUACAAUUUUCUCAUUUAAAACUCCACUGAAGCGCUAAAAAUGUUUUUUUCUUAAACACUAAAAAUAUUCUACAAUUAAAACGAUACAAUAAAAAUAGGCAUCCAUAUACAAGGGCGAUUUCUUCUAUACUAAAAUUGAAAAGAAAACAAAUGUUUCUUACGAAAAAAUCAUAUAACUUUGUAUACAGAUGUACAAAAACAACUGGAAAAGUAGUAACUGGAACUACGUUUAGACAUGAUUUUUUGGCAAAAAUCCAACAAUGAAAAAUUACAAACACUUAUCAUUAUUGUUUGAUCCUCAAUACGUAUUUAGUUAAAUUGCGCUUUCCGCUAUACAAUAAUUGUUUUUUGAACUUAAUUAUAUAAAAAUGAAGAGACUAAGCGUGCGCAGACGGAAUCAUGCAUUUGUAGCUGAAAAACCAGACAUACAGUAGAGUUGCUACAUUUCAAUUAUUGAUUCCACUGUAUGGUCAAAAACAAUUUUCAACUUCAGAAAAAUAUGGAUAUUGGUCAAGCAACAUCUUAAAAGUGAAACCCACCAAUACAGUCUCUAGAUUAAAUGUAAAAAUAAGUAAUAUAAAAUGUCUGGUCCUGUAUAUACCAAGCUACUUAAUGAGAAAAUUGCAACAAAAUGAUACAAACCCUGUCAGAGGUGUGUACUGAAGACAUAAAGCUAUUGGAAUGUCUCAACAAAUAUAAGUCUGAAGCAGAAUAUGUUUUAUUUAUAUUUAUAAAUAGAUUAUUUGAUUCAGCAAACAAAUCCAGGCAAAAAUAUGAUUCUUCAGCUCAUGUGCAAAAAUUCCGCCAGCUAAAGUUUAGCCACUUUGAUAAAAAAACAAAUAAAGGAAUCAGUCAUAAAAAAAAGUAAAUAAAUGUGUAUAUAAUGCAUAUGCAAAAACUUAAAAAAUAAACAACCAACAAACUCAACGAGUCAGUAACUUGAUGAAUAUCUACCAUUGGCUUGCUGAAUAUUUCGUGACAAUGUCCUUUGUGUAUUUGGCAAUAUUGAAUCCGAUGUCCCGUAUGUUGCUGAAGUGCACGUCUAUAGAUUUUCCGUCGCCUUUCAGUCGGGCAAUUUGCAAGCUCAGGCAUUCCAGCUGGAGUUUGGAUGAAGCUUCGAGCAUCAGUUUGAUUUUCUCAGGUUCAGAUU